CUGACUUUGCGUCAAGAGGCUGCGGCAUAUCUCAGUCAAGGGGCGGAGCUCGGCUGCGCUCGGGGGAAAAAGAUCCUUUCUUCACUGCUUCCCAUCAUUCCCCGCGAGCAACGUCGGCCUAGGGUGGUUGUCAUGGAGCGUGCCGCGGUACUACGCGUGAAGAGGAAGCGUGGGGAAGCGGUACCGGCUGAAGCCCUGGUGCUGGCCUGUAAGCGGCUCCGGACGGAGGAAGACACCGCCACUACCCCGGCCGAGGAUGAAGUGGAGAAGAAUCUCUUCAAGCUGGUGGCCACCGUAGCCUCGGAGGAUGAGCCUGUUGAGAAGUACGUACAAGACGCCAUUACCAAAAACAAAGCAGUCCAGCUCCUGCGACCUUCACUAGGAAGUGCCCAGAGAAUAAUUCAGGACCUUCGCUCUUCCAAGCAUGCCAAUAGGCAGGAAAGCCGCUACCGCCUAAUUGCUAGCCACCGUCCAAAUUUUGCUGAUGGAAAAAGGGCUGUUCUUGCUGCAAAUGGGGAGGAGUUGAAUAAAAACAACCAGUUGGUCUCCGAAGCAAAAAAAGACACUUCCCUGAAAGAAAACCAUGGUAUUUCAGACUGCUGUGGAGAAUUUCAGUUGUUUGAUAUUGUACAAGAGGAGGAUGAAGAAAAAGAUCCUGGUAUGUCUGCUGCACACUUGCAGAAACCGGAUGCAAUUCUCUGUAAUGCUGUAGAGAUGAUUCGUCAGAAUUUAACCAUAUCUGACAGUAGUAAAAAAACAGAGCACAACUCAAAGGCAGAAGAGUAUGUUUAUGACAUCUACUACAUGGAAACAGCAUCUCCGCACUGGAUUGAGAACAUCCUAUCAGUUCAGCCCUACACCCAGGAUUGUGAACUGGUAAGCAAAUGCCAAAUAAGGGACAGAAGGUGGAUGAAGAUCGCAUCUCAGAAGAAAUGUAUGAGGAUGAGGAUGAUGAGAACAAUGAGAAUAAUUGGCGGAAUGACUACCCAGAUGAAGAUGAAUUUCUCCGUGAGGAGGAUGAAGAAUCAGUCUGUGGGAGCAUCAGUGAUGAAGACAGUGGAUAUAUCAGGAGAACAUGGAAGAAAUAUCAGUCUGAUGUCCUAUGGGAGUUUGGAUACGAUGGAUUGCAGGAGCUGGAUUCUGAGUAGAACACUGGAACCUCGGUACCUAGAAGGCUUCUUUUAUGAUAUGUGACUUUGGACGUUCAUGGCACCACAGCCACAUGCCACUUACGUACAGUGAACAUUGUAUUGCUUGUUUUUGGGAAUCUGGGUUAGCAGCAGUGGUCAGUUCAAAGGUAAACAGAAAGCUUUAAACUAUAUUGAUAAAAUGGAGUAAUCCAAUCCCAAUUCUUGAAACUUUUCUCUCCAUAACAUGGACAUUCUGCAGUGGGGAGAAUCUCUGGAUUUAAAGGCUACUUCAGAAGUUAGACAAGGGGUAUGAUGUCUAAAAGAAAUAUUCUAGUUUUUCAGGUUAAGGACUGAAAAAUUAGAAAUGCUGACAAAUUGAGAAUUAAGCAGACAGGAUGUGUAUUCUGAACAACUUGCAAGGUCUCCAUCUCUUGCUGUAAAUGGAACUUUCACCAUGGAUGGACAGGAGACCAUUACUCAAUCUGUGUGAAUUUUUGAUCUUUGCACUUUAAUACGACUGAAUUGCCAAGAAAUAUGGAGUUCUUAUGGACUUAAAUAUGCAAAUAAAAGGCAGCUGUUCUUGAAAA